AUGAAUACACAGGUGAAUGACACUGAAAAUAUAUCACUGCUGACUGAAAAACAGUCGUGCCCUUCCCACGACGAAACAGGGAAAGAACAAGUUACAAAUAGAGACACCAGUGACCAGGAAUCUACCCGGCAGAAGAUCCGUAGUCGCUCUGACCACGGUUGCUCCAAAUCCCGGCGUGCAAGAACGGCCUUCACAUAUGAACAGUUGGUGGCUCUGGAAAACAAGUUCCGCGUCACACGAUACCUGUCCGUUUGUGAGCGCCUCAACCUCGCCUUGUCUCUCAGCCUUACGGAAACCCAAGUCAAAAUCUGGUUUCAAAACAGAAGAACUAAAUGGAAAAAGCAAAACCCGGGGGCUGACAGUGCGUUACAGCCCGGAUCGAACUCGUCAGUCACAGUCAGUACAAGUCCUGCGCCAUCUGGACCAAGUGCACUAAACUACCAAACUUUUAACGCGUAUAAUUCUGGAAAUAUGGUCUGCCACACAGCUGGUGCAGUCCCAAUGCCAUCCACCGGAGGGCAUCUGAACCCCUUCGUGCACAGCAGCUUCAUUCAGCCAAUGUUCUAUACCCCUCAUUUAUGA